AGGGGUUCGACAGCCUCUCUGCCCCGCCCUGCCAAUACCACGCCCUGCUUAUUUGCAUUUAAAGAGAGAAGCACCAAGGAAAACAGUGGGCGGGGAGGGCAUGCCUUCCCACCGUGGCGAUUGAACUGCAAGCCUGCCAAUCAGUUCACGGACGUCCCACCUCCUAACUGUGGAGUCCAGGGUGAAGAGGGUAUGGGGGAGCUGCCCAGAGCCUGGAGGAGGGUACUCGGUGCAGAAGAAUGCUGUAGCCGUGGUGGCGGGGAUCUCAGCAGAGGCUCCAGCUCAGAGCAGAGCAGAGCUGUAGACAAUAACCGCGCUGGGAGCUGGACCUGGCAGGACUGCACAGUAAUGCUUCCUGACUGAUCAUGUUAUAACUAUCCUGGAAUCCAAAGGCAGCAUUUCUAGUUGAAGAAUUGUCUUCAUCAUCAUGGAGACUCAAAAGGAUGAAGUUGUUCAGAUCAAGGGAGCAUCAGCCUCUACGGUUACCGAAGAUAGAGGAGCUGAAAAAGGAGCCAAGAAUAAAACAACUGAGACAACAGAAGGACCAACAUCAGAGCCACCCUUAUCAGGCCCAGGUAGGCUGAAGAAAACUGCCAUGAAACUCUUUGGUGGCAAGAAGGGAAUCUGUACUCUGCCUAGUUUCUUUGGGGGAGGACGAAGCAAAGGUUCUGGGAAAGGCAACUCUAAGAAGGGUCUGAACAAGAGUAAGACUCACGAUGGUCUGAGUGAAGCAUCUCACGGCCCUGAAGAUGUUGUCAUUGAAGAAACAGGCCUCUCUUUGUCUAAGUCACCUUCUCAAUUUCCCAGUUCCCAGAGUGUCCAUGGAACUUUGGAGAUAGGCCCUAGAUGUAAGACUUCUGUGGCUGAAGCCACAGAGAAAGCUGGAGUUGAGAAGGUACCCUCUGUGCACAAGCCGAAGAAAGGCCUAAAAGGCUUUUUCAGCAGUAUCCGUCGUCACCGGAAGAGCAAGGUUUCUGGGGCUGAUCAGGGUGGGCUCGGGGCCAAGGAACUUGAGGGAGCUAGAACCAGGUCUCAGGAGAAUGUGAGUUCAAUCUCACUCCCCAGCUGUGAGGAGAUAUUCCCAACUGCUAGAAAAGAAAAUGCCAAAUCUCAGGAUGCCCCUGGGCCAAAAGUUUCUCCAUCACUAGAACAUUUUUCACCAAUUACUGAGAAGACAGCUUGUAAAAAUCCAGAAAAACUCACAAGAACCUGUGUCUCAGAGUUCAUGCAGCCCAAGCCUGUUCCUGAAACUGGUAGUCAAGAGGAGACCCACACUUCAGAAACUGAAGAAAAAGUGGUGACAGGAGAGGUAAACCCACCCAAUGGUCCUGUUGGGGAUCAGCUAAGCCUCCUGUUUGGGGACGUCACAUCCCUGAAAAGCUUCGACUCAUUGACAGGUUGUGGUGACAUUAUAGCAGAACAGGACAUGGACAGCAUGACAGAUAGCAUGGCCUCUGGUGGCCAGAGGGCCAACCGAGAUGGGACCAAGCGAAGUUCCUGCUUGGUGACCUACCAAGGAGGUGGGGAGGAGAUGGCCUUGCCAGAUGAUGAUGACAAUGAGGAAGAAGAGAAUGAGGAGGUAGAAUUAGGGGAUGAGGAAGAUGAGGCCAAGGAUGGGGAGGAAGAUGAUGACUUAGAGUAUUUGUGGGCAAGUGCCCAGAUAUACCCAAGAUCUAAUCUAAACGUGGGCUACCAUACUGCUACAUCUCCCAGCCACCAGGGCUACAUGCUCCUUGACCCAGUUCGGUCUUAUCCUAACCUAGGCCCUGGUGAACUUUUGACUCCUCAGAGUGACCAGCAAGAGUCUGCUCCCAAUAGUGAUGAAGGUUAUUAUGACUCUACCACACCAGGAUUUGAGGAUGAUUCACGUGAGGCUCUGGGCAUUGUCCAUAGAGAUUGUCUACCCAGAGACAGUUAUAGUGGUGAUGCUCUAUAUGAGUUCUAUGUGCCAGAUGACAGUCUUGAGAACUCCCCACCUGGAGAUGACUGCCUUUAUGACCUCCAUGGUCACAACUCCGAAACGUGUGGUCCGUUCUUGAACUUUGAACCCUUUUCUUCUCGGCCACCUGGGGCAAUGGAAACAGAAGAAGAACGGCUGGUGACCAUCCAGAAGCAGUUACUCUACUGGGAACUUCGCCGAGAGCAGCUUGAGGUUCAAGAGGCAUGUGCCAGAGAGGCUAACGCCAGAGAGACUUAUGCUCGAGACACUCACCCGCGGGAAUCUUACAACAGAGAUGUCAGAGUCCGAGAAGCCCAGGCCAGAGAGGUUCAUACUCAAGAGAGUCGAGCCUGUGAGAAUCAGGUCCGGCAAGAGAAGCCCAUCUUGGAGUAUCAGAUGAGACCAUUAGGUCCAUCAGUGAUGGGCCUGGUGGUGGGGACAUCAGGAACUUCUCAGACUUCCCACCGGGGAACCACGUCAGCAUUCCCUGCUACUUCUAGCAGUGAACCAGACUGGCGGGAUUUCCGUCCUCUGGAGAAGCGUUUUGAGGGGACUUGCUCCAAAAAAGAUCAAAGUACUUGUUUGAUGCAGCUCUUCCAGAGUGAUGCCAUGUUUGAGCCAGACAUGCAAGAAGCAAAUUUUGGAGGCUCUCCCAGGAGGGCCUACCCUAGUUAUUCACCCCCUGAGGAGCCAGAGGAAGAAGAUGAGAAGGAAGGGAAUGCCACUGUGAGUUUCUCACAGGCCCUAGUGGAGUUUACCAGCAAUGGAAACCUUUUCUCCAGUAUGUCCUGCAGCUCUGACUCUGACUCAUCAUUCACUCAAAACCUCCCUGAGCUGCCCCCCAUGGUCACCUUUGACAUUGCUGAUGUGGAACGGGAUGGAGAAGGCAAGUGUGAAGAGAAUCCUGAGUUCCACAAUGACGAAGACCUUACAGCCUCAUUGGAAGCUUUUGAGCUGGGUUAUUACCAUAAGCAUGCCUUCAACAGCUAUCACAGUCGAUUCUACCAAGGCCUGCCCUGGGGUGUUAGCAGCCUCCCUAGGUACUUGGGGCUCCCUGGCAUACAUCCUCGACCUCCACCUGCUGCAAUGACACUCAAUAGGAGAAGCCGUUCACUUGACAAUGCAGAGACCCCAGAUCUGGAGCUCUCCAGUUCUCACUUAGCCCAGGGUUACAUGGAGUCUGAUGAGCUACAGGCCCACCAGGAAGAUUCAGAUGAAGAAGGUGAAGAAGAGGAAGGGGAAUGGGGUCAAGACAGUCCCUUGUCUCUCUACACUGAACCUCCAGGGGCCUAUGACUGGCCUACCUGGGCUCGCUGUCCUCUUCCAUUGGAGCCAGAUCCUGCUUGGAUAACCCCUAGUCAGCUGGAUGAGCCUUUCAAUCAGUCUUCAUAUGGGCAGGCAACGUGUUGCAUACCUCCUGUGGCAAUGCCAGUUUCGGUGCCAGGGCUCCCAAGAGCACCUGGAGACUCUCUGCCUCACCUAGCUCGACCUUCACACUUACCCUUGCCCAUGGGUCCUUGCUAUAACCUUCAAUCACAGGCCUCCCAGAGUGGGAGAGCCAGGCCUCGAGAUGUACUGCUGCCUGUAGAUGAGCCCAGCUGCUCCUCCACUUCUGGAGCCAACUCUCUGUCUCGAGCCAAGUCUGUAGGCAUCACCCAUGGUAUUCCUCAGCUGCCCAGGGUACGGCCUGAAUCCCUUCAGCUUCAACCCAGUCACUACAGAGCUUCCAACCGUGACCUGUCAAAGGAGAGGGGUGAACAAGGUGCCUCUCUCUCUACCAUCUACUCCUCCACUGCCAUGAAUGGAAACCUAGCCAAGUAGUCAUCAAUUCCAGAGUGGAGAUCUGAGCAUGUGAAUGGGGGUCAGGGGUUGGGCAGAGGGGUGGGGGUGGGGACUUCUGUUUAACUUGAAAAUCCUUUUGGCCAAUCCUCUGAGUUUUCAACCUUGUUUUCCCAAUUCCCCCUGCCAUCUUUGGCCAGGUUCAGCUCAAGUACAUCUGCCUAGGGAGGCUGCUGCUUCUGUGCUCCAGUUUUUGCUUUGGGGUUUCUUCUGACCCAUAUAGGGCUUGGGAUGCAUCCUUAUUGCAGGCUGAACCCCUCUGCUCUGGUAAUGAACUACUGAUGAGCAGCCAAUUUUUGCACUGACUUUCACCCAGAUAUGGGGGGGGGCUUGCUGGCUAUUAGCAAUAUGAAGUUAGGGUGUAUAUCUUUCCUAACCCCAUUUCUUCCAUCACAUCAAAUGACUAUAACCUGUUUAUCACAGUUAGUUAUGUUUAGAAUGGGUCAAGUAGCGUGUGUCUUGCUCCCUGUUGCUCUGGACUUUGUUAUCACAACUAGAUGAUAUCCUUUUAACCUGGCCUGCCAUAGUCUAGAUUGAAGACAAAAACACUAAUCCCCAUAAUGGAGUGAUUAAAUCUGUCCAUAUUCAAGCAGAUUACAGACAUAGAUAGAUCAAGGAAAUUGCUGUGGGGUCUUGAGCUGUGGAAUAAUAAGGUAUCUUGAUUGUUUCUUAAGCCUGUGGUUGUUGCAGGCACUUGAGAACUUCCUCUUUUUCCUAUCCCUGAAAAUGUCAUAAUCUCAUUAUAAGGAAUGUAGUCUUUUAGUUCAUAUAAGGGAAGAGAAGCCACCUUACUUGGGCUUGACUCUAUAGGGCAUUGGGUGUUGUGGGAUGCAAAAGAGGAAAACAGAAAGGGAGAUCCAUUUAUUCCAGACACUAAGAAGUAAUCUCAGACUUUGGAGCUUGAAGCAACUCAUCAAGAGGAAAAACGCUUCCAUCCUUCACCAAAUUUCCCCCUCCGAAAGUUCUUUAAUCCUUGGCCACACCUUUGUGAAGUGGUUCAAAGCUUGUCCAAGACACGAUGCCAGUGGCAUCGCAACCUAUUGUAGUAGGCACUCUAAAAACCUUUCAUCUUCCAGUUCGCCAAGUUCUUAGUAUUAUCAAAGGACUAGGUGUCUUGAGAGGAGAGAUUGCCAAGCUACAAGACUGAUUUGCAUGGCAGUUGCAAGCCUUUCUCAAAUGAACAGCACCCUCCCUUCUCUUGCAUCCAUGUAGUUUUCUUUUCUUUCUUUUUUUCUAUUUUGUUUUGUUUAGGGACAGAUUCCCACUUUGUAGCCUUCAAUAGCCUGGAACUUACCAUGUAGACCAGGAUGACUUGUAAGUCAUGGAGAUCUACCUGCCUCUGCCUCCUACUAAGCCUACUUUUGACUAACUUGGAAACACUACUAGAGAAGAGUUUACUAUCAGAAAUACACUGCAACAGGCUUAUCUUGGCCAGGCUCAACUUUUCCUUACUCAUAUAUAUGAGACAGUUUCAUUUUAAUUCUCCAUCAUGCCAAGUGUGGAGGCAUGUGCCUUUCAUCCCAACACUCAGGACGAAGAGGAAAUUGGAGCUCUAUGAAUUUGAGGCUAGCCUGGUCUACAUAGAGAGUUCUAGGCCAGCCAGUGCUACACAGCAAGAAAGACCUUAUAAAAAAUUUCCCUAUUGGAAAUGAAGUAUGAGUUUUGAGGGUGGAUAUAUUCAUCUAAGUUAGAACUCUUUUAUCUUCUACCCCUGUCCCUAUUCUCUCCUCAGAGCCAUCUUCACAUCUAUUAAGUAAAGAUGUCAACAAGGUUCUUGCCAGAAAUAUACCAGUUUACCUUGAGAACAGAUUCUGAUGGCCUUCUGAGUCAAGAUUACUUUGUGGACCUACUUUCUUUGCCAGGGGAUAUAUUCAUGAAAAUCUUUGUGACCAUUUCUAAGAUUGGGAUUGGCCCUGUGCCUUUCUCCAAAAAGAGCAGACUUUAUCAGUAAAAGUUCAAUCCCUGGAAGUAACUACAUGAGUUUGCAUGGCACUAGCACCCCCCCCCCCCAAGGACCUCAGAUCAGCUCCCGUGGAUGACUUUGGCUAUGUCAUGAAGAAGUUCAUCUGUUGUGGAACUGGAUAAUGGAAGAGAGUGAGAAAGGGCCUCCUUACCCUAACCACAUUAUUCCAAGAGACAAAUGCCAAAAUUUUAACCACUUGUCCUCACCAAAGCUGUUCUGGGAGGGUGAGCUGAAAUUGGCAUGGUUGGGUGGCAGGAAGUAAGCACCAAACGCCUUUACAACAGGAAAAAAACAAAAAACAAAAAAACACACCUCUUGCCUGUUCAAGGCAGUCUCAGCUCCUGUUUACAUUUGGCUGCCAUCUACAGCAGGCAGUAGAGCUGUCAGCAGCCUCCAUUGCCCACUGAAGAAGGGCUACCAGCCUGUGUUGGAAGACGAAGAGGUAAUCUGCCUUUAGCUGAGGGUUGCCCUCACAGUUCAGGAGGACAGCUCAGUGCAGUGACUCUGAAGGGACCUGCCAAAACUCAGACACAUUUUGCUGUGCUUUGAAAAUCCAUACCUCAGAGUAGGACCUGGAGCAAAGUAGAAGCAUAUGGAUUGGAUAACAUCAUUGCCUGCAAUUCUAUCCACUAGCCUGGCUGCUAGCCCAGGGACAAAAUUCUCACAGCCUAAAACGGGAUAGCCAAGAUACACGCCUACAGAAGCAGACUCUUUUUGAGUGUCUAAAACAACUGCUAGCUACAGCCUAGAAGAGGAAGGAAAAUUUGUUGAGGACAUAUGGUAAAUGACAACAUGAAUAACAAUGAAAUAUUCAAACAAUCUCCAGGUAUCUGUCCAAACAUGGCCACAUACUUCCUUGGCUGGCACCAAAAAUGCUCCAAACUACCAGAAGUGUUGCUAUCAUGUCCACCCAGAGGCUGUGGCCAGAUGAACCUCCUGUCUCAUUGCAGGUCCUCAGAUAAUGCAUCUGGAUGUUACUUCGAAAGAAGAUGUGAUGAUAGAAGGGGUUAGCCUCAUCUUGUUACUCAGUAGUACUAUAUAGUGUCAGCUCUGAUCCUGAGAAUUUCUUGAUAGUACAACCCUUAGAGGACCAGUGAAUGUGGUAAGAAAGGCCACCUAGCAGGCCUAUUCCAAAGCCAGGAUGCCAAUGUCUUGGUGCUUUAGACACUCCAAGGAAGCCCUGCCUUGGGGAUCAUCUGGCUUUUAGCUUAGACACCAGACCACAAGCGUCAUGGAUAAUGGUUUCAGUAAAGGCCAUUGUCCCUCCUCUUAAUGCUAUACCAAGGAGGGAAGUAGCUCUCCACACUCAGAAUGCUGGGUGCAUGCUCUCACCCUGCCGCCGCUGGUUUUUCCCCGCAGCAGUGCCACCACUGCCCUCAGCCCCUAGGCCCACGCUAGAGGGAAGCAUGGGGCUUUACCAGGGGCACUUCAAGUUUACCCAUAUGUAUGUUGCAUCCAAGUUGUUUUUAAUAUAUAUAUAGAUAUAAAUAUAUAUAUCAAAAGCCAACUAUCUAUUUUUAUAUUGUUUGCAUUUUAUAUUCAUGGGAACAAUGUUUAUCAAUUGUUCUUUUCUGAUAUAUUUUAUUUUUAAGUGGUGCUGUUUACGGUUUUAAACAAACAAACAAACAAAAAAAGAUGACACAAAAAUUGCUGCUGCUUGUGCAGAGGGAUGUCAUCUUAACUGUCUAGGGCCCUCCCUCUUUUCCCUCUCCCACUUGGCUGUGUCACACUAUUCAUUCUCUUUCCACAUGGUAAGGACAGAAGAUGCCCAGGUACCGAAGACCAAUACCAGGGAACUCAGGCAUGUGGAACCUGGAAGACAGCAUGUUUUCUAGCUUUAAGUUUUCCCUUUUGAGCCACUACUCCUUAUGUAGACAUUCUGAGAGUACUCAUGCCUCGACUUUUAUUCUUUUCCCUUUUUUUAAUGUUUUGUGCUUCUGUUUGAAAAGCAUCAUGCCCACAUUGUGUAAUUUGUUGUAUUAAGUUUCUCCAAAGAAGCAUUUGGGACACAUUCACCACCAAGAGACUUGGGAUGACAGAUGACAAUGCUAGUUGAACUGCCAGGAAUUGGUCACCUCCUUGAGGAAACCCUUGAAUGGGACCUACUAGGAACUUAGUAGAUUGCAACAUUGUCCUGAAAAGACGUUAGGUGAUUCCUUUGUCCGUCUUGCUACUUUGUGCGAAUCUCUCCCCAUCUUGCCUCCUUCUUCUUUUCUCUGUUCCAGCUCACAAGUGGAUGGUACUUUUGAAAACCAAACCUUUGUCUUUUUGGUUGUUAAGACUUAGCCUUUAGUGGCUGAGCCACCUCGUUAGCCAGGAUGGCACUUUUAGGAAUGGUGACUGUUACAGUCAUGGCUGGGUGGCUGAUCCAUGGUUUCUCCAUCCUAUAGUCAUUCCAAAGAAAAUCCACAUGGCAUGUAUAUUUGUGAGGGUUGGGUCUAUUAAGAGGGGGAUUUAAUUAUUCCUGUUACUAUUGGUGCUUAUUUUCCCUGUUGAAAGGGGGUGGGGAAGGGCUGGGGCAAACCAGGAAUGUAUCUUUAGGUCAUGUUAAAUAAAAUGGCUGGGGGAAGGAGAAAGAUAUUAGAAACUGCAUUACACCUUCACUCUAGGUGUCAGAGUUCUCUCUUCCGGUAUAGAAAGGGAAGUGUAACUCUUUGCCAUGCCUGAGCUUCCCUUCCUGACUCCUGAGACAUCACUGAAUCAUCUGCAUUGUGUCCUCUCCAUCCCUAGCACUCACUGGCAUCUGUAUAUCUUGAUACACUGCCUGUAUGUUACAACAUAUAUUUCCUUUGCUGAAUGCUAAUAAACUUCCUGAUUCAUGAGGGACCUCCAGUCACUAAA